AUGUUCCUGAGUGGCCAACCCCCGCUGGCCCCUGGCCCCUGCACCUCAGCACAAAAGACGCAGAAAAUAGGUCAGCAUCACCGGCACAAAUCUUCUAUGGAGAGGCUCUGCCCAAAAACUUAUGAACUAACUAAAGAAAUCCAGUCAUCACAGACAGCUUUGGUAGUGCCAGGCCAUGGGACAGGGGAUGAGUCCGGCACUUCCCUGGGAGAGGAGGAAGAGGGAGGAAUUCCAAUUCCUGCUCCUGGGCUCCUGCAGGUCACAGAGAGAAGGCAACCUCUGAGCAGUGUCUCCUCACUGGAGGUCCAUUUUGAUCUUUUGGACCUUACGGAGCUGACAGAUAUGUCUGACCAAGAACUGGCUGAAGUCUUUGCAGACUCAGAUGAUGAGAAUGCUACAAAUGAGUCUCCAGCAGGUUUGCACACACACCCGCUCCCUCGAGCUGGGUAUCUGCGUUCCCCUUCCUGGACCAGGACCAAAGCUGAACAAAACAGAGAAAAAAAGCACCUCAGUGACUCUGAGCUGCAGGCUGGGAUCGUGGACACUUUUCUCACUAUAGAGAGGCCGAAGGAAGACUAG